AUGUCCUAUUCACACAUUGCUCGCAGAAACUUUGCUAAUCUCUCGUACGAACUGAUCUCGAAGAUCGUAACCUUCGAGACGGGGGACGGUACCGAUGCCGCCACGGGGGCCAUUGUGCCACCGAGUGCCACUGGGUUACUCGCCGCGACCCACGUAUGUCGCAGCUGGAGAGAAGCGACCGUACACAACGCAACCCAUUGGAGGAAUAUUUGGAUGGGAAGUUUGGACUCAGUGAGAACGUUGUUAGCGCGCACGCUGCGAUUACCCGUCGCCAUAGCCGGCUCGCUGUCGACGGAGGCAGACGGGAGAAAGCUGGCCGUAGUGAUGAACCAUAUAUCGCGCGUACGGUCUCUCACCCUGAAGGCCACUUCAGAGGCGUUACGGGCGUUAGAUGGACGAAGGAAAGGGGAGGCAUCGAUCUUGGAAACUCUUGAGAUCGAGAGGGUGGACCGCGACGAGCGCGUUGACCUGUCCUGCUUCGCGUCGCCAAAGUUGAAGCGCCUGGAUGUUACGAACUUCGACUUUGAUGAGUUCCGAGCGCUGCUUAGCCCUUCCAUAACCAGUUUGCGGAUCGCAGGCGCCUGCGUCUCCACCACGACCGGCGAAGUGCUACAGCUUCUCCACCAUCUUCCCAACCUCGAGUCUCUCGAACUCAAGGUGAACCUGCAGCCCACCGUCGAAGAGGAUUCUUUGGUCCAGACAACUGCCCUUGAGAGAUUACGUUGUUUAGAUAUGGGUAUCCAAAGCGUCGGGGAAGCAGAGCUUCUCGCGUUCGUAUCGGUGCCACAUCUCGACUUUAUGCGACUCUCUAUUCUCUGCGACGACGACUUGCCCGAUAUCAUGGAGCUGGUCAGACGGCGAUUCGAGGGCGACGGCAGGACGGAAUUCGGGGGAUGCACGUUCUACGCUCCCAACCCCACUAGCCUUCAUGUGGCGUUGACGCCGGACGUGACUGUACCUGCUUGUCCACCUCAGCUCGGAACGUACCUCAUCUUCGACAAUUUCGACGAGUGGGAGGAAUACCGCAUUGUCAAUGUCCUACGCACAAAGUUCGGACCGACCCGUACUGCGCCCUGGAUGUCCGCUGUGGAGCAACUGAGCAUACGAAACGCUCGCGCCCACACCGAAAUAUCUACGCAAUCCUGGAAAAUGCUCUUCAAGGUCAUGCCAGGCAUCAAGACACUGCAUAUUUCGGAUCGAGGCACAUCCGUAUUCCCAAUCGGGCUAUACUCCCAGAAACCCGUGGGUAAUCUCUGGUACAGGCAGCCGCUCUUUCCACAGCUUGAGUCUCUCGACCUGGAAGGUGUCUGGUUCCGAUCCUCGUCUCGGCUGUCCGAGCAAGACCAGGGUGAUUUUCUGGAUCGCCUUAUAAGACCAUUUCAGCGCUGCGACUCUACACAGAGCAUAAAAUAUCUUACCAUUCGUGCCGGAAUCAAUAUCUUCCGAGAGGAUAUCGAACUCUUGCACAUAGUCUCGCGUGAUGUCCAUUGGGACGAGCUGGUGACGUUCAGGGCGAGGAACGACACCUUCGAGGACGGUGUCGACUUCGACAUCUACGAUGAGGACGAUGAAGCAGACCUUGAAGACGGCGAGCUCGAAGUUGAAGAACUCGAGGACGGAGAACUCGAGGACGGGGCACUUGAGGACGGCGAGCUUGAGGACGAACAGCUCGACGACGGGGAACUUGAGGACGGGGAACUAGAAGACGAGGAACAGUCCUCGGACGAGGAUGAACACGACGGAGAGAUCCGAGCGUCCCAGGGGAAAGCGAGCGACGACGCGCAACCGGGCGGCAGAGAUGAGGACAGCCCGUCCCCCAAGCCUACCGGUAGCCCCGAGAGCAAGGAGAAGUAA